AUGGCAUCAUAUCAAGGGCUUUUGUGUCUCUGUAUUUCAUUUGCUUUUGUAGCAUUUGCUCAACUUUUGGGUUGUAAUGGAGCAGUGGAAGGACGAAAGGGCUUCUCCAACAAAGAGGAUUCUGAGUUGGAGAUGAUGUUAAAGAUUAUAAAUAAGCCUGCGAAAAGGAUUAUUAAGACUGAAGAAGGUGAUGUUUAUGGGUGUGUUGAUAUCAACAAACAACCUGCUUUUGAUCAUCCUUUGCUUAAAAAUCAUACCAUCCAGGUAAAUCCAAUGUUAUACAAGGAUAAUUUGCCACGGACAACUGCAUUUUGGAGAGUGGAAGGAUCCCCUAGAACUGGGUGCUACAAUAUUUUGUGUCCAGGCUUUGUACAAGUUAAUACAAAAUAUUCCUUAGGGAUUCCAUUUCAGCAUGUCUCAGUGUAUGGUGGUCAACAAUAUGUAUCUCAAUUUCGCCUUACUCAGGAUGUUAUAACUGGGGCUUGGUGGUUGAGUUUAAUGUUGGAUCCUAUAGGAUAUUGGCCAAAAUCUAUAUUCACUAGCUUAGCUGACAGUGCUUCUAAAGUAAUAUGGGGAGGAGAAGUCUACAGCCCAUUGAAAAGGGCAUUGCCUCAAAUGGGAAGUGGUCAUUUCAACCCUAAGGAGGAGCAUGAAACAGCUUUCAUGAAUGCUAUCAAGGUUGUCAACAAAGAGUACAAACUUGUACCUCCUAAAGAUGUAAGGUAUUGUAUAGUUUCAAAUACAGACUACAGAGAGCACUUUGUGACUAUGGCAUCAUAUCAAGGGCUUUUGUCUCUCUGUAUUUCAUUUGCUUUUGUAGCAUUUGCUCAACUUUUGGGUUGUAAUGGAGCAGUGGAAGGACGAAAGGGCUUCUCCAACAAAGAGGAUUCUGAGUUGGAGAUGAUGUUAAAGAUUAUAAAUAAGCCUGCGAAAAGGAUUAUUAAGACUGAAGAAGGUGAUGUUUAUGGAUGUGUUGAUAUCAACAAACAACCUGCUUUUGAUCAUCCUUUGCUUAAAAAUCAUACCAUCCAGAUGAAACCUAGUUCCUUCCCUAAAGGGGCUACUUCUUUUCAGAAAACAAUGCUAGAUAAUGGUUCAUCACUUAUCAGACCUAUAAGAGAUAGUCGCACAAAUGAAGCAUGUUCAGCAGGAACAGUUCCCAUAAGAAGAAUAAAAAGGGAAGAUCUCAUAAGAGCGAAGUUACUUUCAGAAAGACGUAGUAGAAACGUCAGUCCACUUUCAUUUGAACCGCUUGAAUAUCAUAGUGCUCUGAUUCAAACGGAAGGAAAAUUUCAUGGAGGCGAAGCUACAAUGAGCAUCAAUCAACCAAAGGUUUUAGGGGAUCAAUAUAGUGCAGCUCUAAUGGCCCUGGAAAGUGGUUCUACGGAGCAAACCAAUACCAUACAAGCUGGAUGGAUGGUAAAUCCAAUGUUAUACAAGGAUAAUUUGCCACGGACAACUGCAUUUUGGAGAGUGGAAGGAUCCCCUGGAACUGGGUGCUACAAUAUUUUGUGUCCAGGCUUUGUACAAGUUAAUACAAAAUAUUCCUUAGGGAUUCCAUUUCAGCAUGUCUCAGUGUAUGGUGGUCAACAAUAUGUAUCUCAAUUUCGCCUUACUCAGGAUGUUAUAACUGGGGCUUGGUGGUUGAGUUUAAUGUUGGAUCCUAUAGGAUAUUGGCCAAAAUCUAUAUUCACUAGCUUAGCUGACAGUGCUUCUAAAGUAAUAUGGGGAGGAGAAGUCUACAGCCCAUUGAAAAGGGCAUUGCCUCAAAUGGGAAGUGGUCAUUUCAACCCUAAGGAGGAGCAUGAAACAGCUUUCAUGAAUGCUAUCAAGGUUGUCAACAAAGAGUACAAACUUGUACCUCCUAAAGAUGUUUUAGUGCCCUUUGAUCCCAAUCCAAAUACUCUAUUUGAAUGGGACAAUGAGCUGGCCUAA